AUGGCAGUGGGUUUGGUUGGGGAGUUCAGCGGGCCAGCCAGGAGGCCACUGCAUGAGUUGAGGGAAGAGCUGGUGAAGGCUGGAAACGGGGGCCAGGGGGCCAGUGACAAGAGAAAGGAGCCAAGUGCAGGUGCAAUUUCGGAGAAAGCAGGGCUGUUCCAGGUGACCUUUCAAAUUACUCCACUGUGUACCAGCGAGAGGCAUUAUGAGCAUUUUGGACGGUGCUGCAGCAAAUGUCAGCCAGGGAAAUACAUGUCUUCUAAAUGCACUACUACCUCUGACAGCGAAUGUCUGCCCUGCGGCCCCGAUGAAUACUUGGACACCUGGAACGAAGAGGACAAGUGUUUGCUGCAUAAAGUCUGCGAUGUGGGCAAGGCCCUGGUGGCGGUGGAGCCCGGCAACCGCACAGCCCCGCGGCGCUGCGCCUGCACCGCCGGUUACCACUGGAGCGAUGACUGCGCCUGCUGCCGCCGCAACUCCGAGUGCGCGCCUGGCUUCGGCGCCCAGCACCCGUUGCAGCUCAACAAGGACACAGUCUGCGAGCCUUGCCCUGCAGGCUUCUUCUCGGAUGCCGUUUCUUCCAUGGAUAAGUGCAGACCCUGGACCAACUGUACCAUUCUUGGAGAGACCGAAAAGCAUCCUGGGACAGAGAAAUCAGAUGUGGUCUGCAGUUCUUCUCUGCCAUCUAGACAGCCACCCAAUGAACCCCAGAUUUACUUGCCCAGCCUGAUUAUCCUGCUCCUCUUCGUCUCCGGGGCAUUAGUCUCUGCUGUCAUCUUCGGUGUUUACUACCGGAAAAAAGGGAAGACACUAACAGCUAACCUGUGGCACUGGCUCAACGCGGCCUGCAGCCGCCUCACUGGAAACAAGGGCUCUGCAGGCGACAGUGCUGUCAGCCCUCACAUGGCAACCUCGGGUCCCCACCAAGUAUGCGAAGGAGUGCUACUGCUGACCCUGGAAGAGAAGGCCUUUCCUGAAGACCUGAGCUAUCCUGACGGGGCUGUGUGUGCGGCUGAAGAUACCACCUUGCUCACCCUGGUCAGCGAGAUCAAGGGGGACCCCCUGAGGCAGGUGCCCACAGAAGACGAGUAUGUGGACCGGCCCUCUCCAGCCCCAGACUGUCCCCCAGUCCUGACUCAGCCUGGGAGCAAAUGCACAGCCCAUUUCUCUGAGCCCCUGGAGGUGGGGGAGAAUGACAGUCUGAGCCAGUGCUUCACUGGCACCGAGAGCCUGGUGGACUCUGGGGGCUGCCACCUGGCCGAGUCGCCGGGCAGGACCGACUGGGCUCCCGUGGCCUCUGAGAAGUACUUGCAAAGAGAGGUGGGAGGUGGCGCCUGCCCCCACUGGGCGGCCAGCUCCCUAUCGGCAGACAGCUGCAUGGGCUGCACUGAGCCCCCUGGGGAGCACGGGGAGCCCAUCGUUGGCUUCCCUCAAAGUGGACCUUUGCCUCAGUGCGCCUAUGGCAUGGGCCUGCCCCCAGAAGAGGCCGCUGACCAGGCAGAGGGCGGAGGCCCUGGCUCAGGAAACCCCUCCUGUGACCACCCACCUGCCACUGGCAAUGUGACUGGAAACAGUAACUCCACGUUCAUUUCCAGCGGGCAGGUCAUGAAUUUCAAGGGCGACAUCAUCGUGGUCUACGUCAGCCAGACGUCCCAGGAGGGCGCGGCGGCAGGCGGCGGCGGGGAGCCUGCGGAGCCCGGGGAGCCGGGGCGCCCGGUGCAGGAGGAGAGCACGGCGCGCUGUGACACCUUCGCCGGCAGCGGUGCGCGCCUGGCUGACCAGGGCGACAAGGGCGCAGGCGAGGAGGCAGCGGCUGCGCCGGUGCAGGAGCAGGGGGCGCAGGAGCCCGUGCCUCGCGCUCCCCGGGCCUGGCGCUGA